GCUGCCACUGCCCCGAGCGGCGCUGCCACUGACAGCCGAGCUGCCGCCGCCGGGACGCGGACUUUCCCCUCUUUGUGUUUAUCCUGCCGCUCUCGAGGUACCGCUAUCCUCCUCCCAGCGACCGCGGGCAGGUCCCGGCUGACUCUGGGAUUUUUUUUUUUUUUUUUUUUUUUACCCCCUUCCAGCUCGAUUGCCCGUUCUGAAAGUAUAUUUAUUUUUAAUAAAAGUCGAGCCACAAAUCCAGUUCGUAUCACAUUCGUCGUUCCGUGGAGUCCGGUUUAUUUCUGCGGUUCAAAAAAGUUUACUCCCCCUCCUCCAGUUUUAUUGACACUGAGGAUGAAGAAGGAUUUGCAAAUGAAAGCGCCUUGAAAUACAGCAUCUUUUGGAGAGAGCUCUGCAAUUCUCCAGCCCGUUAAAUCUCGAAUUCCACCCUUUGCCCCUGCUGAAUCCUCUGUUCUGCCCUUUACUCUCUGGGGUAAAAAACUAAACAACAACAACAAAAACCCGAGGGGAGAAAGAAUACCUUUGGCAGCAGGGAAGCUUUGUGUGACUGACCCAACGAGCUACAAGUGUCCAGUUUCUGAAAAGAAGAAAACCCUUUUGUCUUCAGCAGAUCAGUAGAAUUGUUUUGGGAGCGAGGAGAGUAUCGAGUGAUCUGGCCUGCUGAGGAGGAGCCUGAAGCCAUCCCUGAGUGGAGAUCUUGGAUUUGCAGGAGGAAGGCUGAGCGUGUCCCCCCAUGUGGCACAACUGCUCCUCCUUACCAGGGAACUCCGAGUGAAGGACAAAGGUCAAGGGCAGCUUUUACAUUCCACCCAAAAGGCACCACAGUUUGAGAUGAGGAAUUCAGAAGAGCAAGCAGCUACGACAGUUUUACAGCGCCUGCUGCAGGAGCAGCUCCGAUACGGGAACCCAAAUGACAACCGCAACCUUCUCGCCUUACACCAGCAAGCCACAGGGAAUGCCGCGGCUUUCAGCAGCGCCGCCAGCCCGGCCUCUCAGAACGAAGGGCUGAGCUCCCAGGACCACCAGCUCGUGACUCAUGCUGCCCGCCAGGAGCCCCAGGGCCAGGAGAUACAGGUGGACAACAGCAUCAUGGAGAAGCAGCUGUCGCCGCGGCUCCAGAACAGCGAGGACCUCCCCACCUACGAGGAGGCCAAGGUGCAGUCGCAGUAUUUCCGGGGCCAGCCGCACGCCAGCGUCGGGGCCGCCUUCUACGUCACGGGGGUCACCAACCAGAAGAUGAGGACCGAAGGGCGGCCCACGGUGCAGCGGGUGAGCCCGGGGAAGGUGCACCAGGACGAAGGACUGAAGGACCUCAAGCAAGGCCACGUGCGCUCCCUGAGCGAGCGGCUGAUGCAGCUGUCGCUGGCCACCAGCGGGGUCAAGGCCCACGCGCCCGUCACGAGCGCGCCGCUCUCCCCGCUGUCCCCGCUCUCUCCCCAGCAGUCCAGCGACCCUUACAAAAAUUCUGGCUCCAACGAGUUCUACAAGAACUCGGUGCAGCCCCCUUCCCAGCCCAGCAUGAAAGGGAUGGAGCAGCGGGGGCCUCCCCCGGAGUAUCCGUACAAAAACGUGUCCACCCCGUCUAUGAACUGCAAACCUCAGGACUCGGGGCAUUUCUAUAGCGACCAUCGCAUGAGCCAGCAGGGAAGAUCUGAUGGGCCCAUGAUGAGGUAUCAGCAUCCCCCUGAGUAUGGCUCAGUCAGGCAGAACCCAGAUGUGCAGCUGCAGUUACAACAGAGACCACCUCACCACCACAGCCCAACUUCUUCCUUGACAUCCCUGGGAUCUUUGACUUUGCUCCAGUCUCCGCCACCUUCUAGGCUGUCCCCUUCCCAGCACCAGCAACCUCUGACUCCCAGCCAGGCAGAUCCUGGCGUUCUGCCACGGACCCAGCAGCCUUUCUUGUCCAACCCAGUCCAUCAGGGAGAUCUGUACCGACUAUGCCAGCCCUUCCUAGGCCCGCAGCAGCAGCAAGGAGACUCCUACUCUGUGAUGCCCCGGGCCCAGCAGAUCCCUUCCCCCUACCAGCAGAUGCAAGUAGAUCCUUUUGCCAUCGUUUCCAGGGCGCAGCAAAUGGUGGAAAUCCUGUCGGAGGAGAACCGCUCCCUACGACAGGAGCUGGAUGGGUGCUAUGAGAAAGUGGCCCGGCUGCAGAAGCUGGAAACAGAAAUUCAACAAGUUUCAGAGGCAUACAAAAACCUGGAGAAAUCAUCCUCUAAGCGGGAUGCCCUGGAAAAAGCCAUGAGAAACAAACUGGAAGGAGAAAUUCGCAGGCUUCACGAUUUCAACAGGGAUCUAAGAGAACGCAUGGAGACGGCCAACAAGCAGCUGGCGGAGAAGGAGUUUGAGGGCUCUGAAGACAAUCGGAAAACCAUCUCCCAGCUCUUUGCACAAAACAAGGAAACACAGAGGGAAAAAGAGAAACUGGAAAUAGAGCUGGCUGCUGCUCGCUCCACCAACGAGGACCAGCGGAGACACAUCGAGAUCCGAGACCAGGCCUUGAACAACGCUCAGGCCAAGGUGGUGAAACUGGAGGAGGAGCUGAAGAAGAAGCAGGUGUAUGUUGAGAAGGUGGAGAAGAUGCAGCAGGCCUUGGUUCAGCUGCAGGCAGCGUGUGAGAAGAGGGAGCAGCUGGAGCAUCGCCUGCGCACGCGGCUGGAGAGGGAGCUGGAAUCUCUCCGCAUGCAGCAGCGUCAGGGCACGUCUCAGGCUGCCAACGUCUCUGAGUACAACGCCACGGCGCUGAUGGAGCUCCUGCGGGAGAAGGAGGAGAGGAUCCUUGCUCUGGAAGCUGACAUGACCAAGUGGGAACAGAAAUACCUGGAGGAAAGCGUGAUGAGACAGUUUGCUUUGGAUGCAGCCGCCACCGUGGCUGCUCAGAGGGACACCACGGUGAUCAGCCACUCGCCCAACCCCAGCUACGACACCUCACUGGAAGCUCGCAUCCAGAAGGAGGAGGAGGAGAUCCUGCUGGCCAACAGGAGAUGCCUUGACAUGGAAGGAAGGAUUAAGACCCUGCACGCUCAGAUCAUUGAGAAGGAUGCCAUGAUCAAAGUGCUGCAGCAGCGCUCCCGCAAGGAGCCCGGCAAGACGGAGCAGCUCUCCUCCAUGAGACCUGCCAAGUCCCUCAUGUCCAUCUCCAACGCUGGCUCAGGCCUGCUGUCCCACUCCUCAACGCUGAGCAGCACCCCCAUCCUGGAGGAGAAGAGGGAGGACAAGAGCUGGAAGGGCAGCCUGGGUGUUCUGCUGGGAACAGAAUAUCGCUCCGAAUCCAUCCCCUCCACGCCCUCUCCUGUCCUCCCCUCCACGCCCUUGCUGUCAGCCCACUCCAAGACAGGCAGCAGAGACUGCAGCACCCAGACAGACCGGGGCAGUGAGCAGGGCAAAGCUGCUCCUUCCCCUGCAGCUACCACCCCAGCACGGCUCCCCAGCACCAACCUGACCUACAGUGCAGAGAAAACAGAUGGGCCACUCUUCCACUCCAGCACUCUUGAAAGAAAAGCCCCUGUUCAGACUGUGGGGCAGGACCUCCCAGAUGGAGAGAUGGUAGAAUACCUCAUCUGAAAGGCUGUACCAGGAUCUGAGCUGGGAUAACAGUAGCAAGAAAUUUUUAAAAGACGUUUUUAUUGGGGAAAAAAAGAAAAAAGAAAAAAUGUAGUACCUGAGUAAUAAAAGAAUGCUCAGCUGUUUGCUCUUGUAUAUUAUGUCUCAAAAGUUUGGACAGGUUAAUUUAUAAUUUGUUCUAAAUUAUAAAAAACCCAUAACACUU